AUGGAUAAGAAAGAAAACGCACCUACAUUAUCCGCUAACGUAAAUGAAUUAGAAAAGAAUAAUGACUUUAUUGCCUUCUCUUCUGAUAGCGAUUCCGAAAAUGAAGAACAGACUGAUAAAGUGACACAAGACUCGGCGCCUAUAUUAAAUACCGAUUAUCCUUGGAUAAUAGACCAUGACCAUUCAAAGGAAAGAGAGAUUGCUGAUUGGUUAACAAUGGAAAUAAAAGAUUUUGUUGCAUAUAUUUCUCCAAAUAGAAAGGAAAUUGAGUCGAGGAAUACUGCAAUAGACAAAUUACGCUCAGUGGUUAAAGAACUAUGGGAUGAUGCUGAUUUACAAGUGUUUGGUUCCUAUGCAACAGAUUUAUAUUUGCCGGGUUCGGACCUUGAUUGUGUUGUUAAUACUAAAUCUGGCAACAAGGGUGACAAGAAACAUUUAUAUUCCUUGGCAACUUUUCUUAAAGAAAAGAUUGCUGCUAAAGACGUCGAAGUAGUUGCGCAUACAAGAGUUCCUAUUAUUAAAUUUAUUGAGCCUAAUUCCAAUAUUCAUAUCGAUAUAUCUUUUGAAAGAACGAAUGGUUUAGAAGCUGCUAAAUUGAUUAGAAGCUGGCUUGAAACUACACCAGGUCUAAGAGAGUUGGUCUUGAUCAUUAAGCAAUUCUUACAUGCUAGAAGGUUGAAUAACGUACGUACUGGUGGCUUAGGUGGGUUUAGUAUUAUUUGUCUCGUGUAUUCAUUUUUACAUCUACAUCCACGUAUACUCACAGGAGAAAUUGAUGCUACUGAUAAUCUAGGUGUGCUACUGAUAGAAUUUUUCGAACUAUAUGGUAAAAAUUAUGGUUAUGAUCAUAUUGCAAUUGCUGUUAAUGACAAGCAUCCGUCUUAUAUUUCAAAACAAUUAUGGAAAGAUCUUCAACCCGCAAGAACUACUUUUGCCUUGGCUAUUCAGGACCCGGGCGAUCCAACAAAUAAUAUCAGUAGAGGUUCGUUUAAUAUUGGUGCUAUUAAAAGAGCAUUUGCUGGUGGGUUUGACUUAUUAACGAAUCGUUGUUUUGAAAUGCAUUCCAUUCCUUUUAAAGCAAGAAGAGGUAAAAGUAUUCUAGGUAAUGUAAUUCAAUAUCGUGGGAUCGCACGAGAUUUCCAUGAUGAGCGUUCAUUGGUAACCAAUAAAGCAAUUGCGGAGAGUGAAAAUUACUAUAGAAAACGUGUUGGAAUUGUAUAUGAUAACGAAGAAGACAAUAAUGAUAAAGAUAGUAAUGUUAAUUCCACUACAACAAAUUCAACAGAUAAUGAUACAUCUUCGGAACCUCUACUUAAAAAAGCGAAAGUUGCAAAAGAUUAUGACAGUGAGUCAAGUGAUAACGAUUAUAAUCCUUUAGAUAAUUGA